AUGUUCCUGAGUACGGACUGCCUGCCUGUGGUAAUGGGAGAAAGGCUGGAGGAAUUCGGUUUGACUCAACCGAAGGAGUGGCAUGGAGCGCCGCUGGCCAGCUUGCGGCGGGCUUUCACCGCCCUUGCAUGCUCCAAGAUCUAUGUGGUUGGCGAUGAGACCGUUGCCAACCUACGAACUCUCUUCGACUUGUAUUUCAAACCAACUCUAGCUAACCGAUCAAUCUUGGGGACCAGAGUCGCCAAGCACCUCAGACCGAGAGAUGGUUCACGACGCCCAUCCAACCAAGCGACGCAAACUCGAUACACCAAGAGAGGAGACGCAGAGGAAGGCAACUGCAAAACUGCAGCAAUAUGA